GUACGCUCGGUUCCGCUCCGCAACGAGGCGAGGAUACUACCGACAGUGUGCCAUCGAAAGGAGUCAGUUUCCGCGUGGUCUUCGGCGCGUCUCGGUCACGCCAGGUGUUGUUUUUCUACCUGUCUCACGCGUGUCUCACGGCGAGCACGCACGUAACACGGGGAGAUGCGCUCGACGCUUCGCAAUGUUCAUCGCGCCCAAGUCGCGCUACUCUCGCUGGUUCUCUUGAUGCGAGGUUUCGAAGCAUCGGAGCCAGCGAAGUCGAGCACGAACGGUGCUAUUUCGGAGGAUGACGGGGACGAGAUACUGACGAACAUGAAUCUAACGACGUUUAAAGAAAGAUAUCGAAGAUUGAUACCCUACAUGACUUUUUACGUCGCCAACAACUACCUAAAUAACCAAGCUACAUUGGCGCAAAAUUACGCGGACGAGCUGACGGGUGGUACCCUGCUCCGGAAGCCCACGUCGCAGCAACACCCUCCAACUCGGCUGGUUGGCGUGCCAAGGCGGGGCGGUAAUAAGUACCGCAUCAGUUCACCCGACCAUGACAAGAAGUUCGUUCCGUCCGUGCAAUUCGAUCCCAGAAACAUCGGAGGCGACAACGACUACUUCGCGCCAGUCAAGUACAACCCCAAAAUCAACUACGAGUAUUCUACUCCGUCCUAUCAGCUCUAUCAGGUGCAAAAGACAUAUCCCGAAAUAACCACGCCUGUCAGUCAUAUUCUGAAUAAGGAAAGUCGAUAUUUCGUCACCGCGAGACCCCUGCAAUCAUCCGCUCCCGUGAUCAAGAAACCGCUGCUCGGCAACCCGCAGGACGAUUAUGAUCAGGAUUACACGGCGAGGCCAAACAUUGCUGUUAAUUAUCCCAGCAAGGAAUAUCAGGGGUUGAGAUACAUUCCGCCGCCAGUGCACGCAAACGUGCAGCAGCAGCAGCCGGUGAAACCGUCGGUCUCACUUUAUCGGAAGCCAAACGUAAAUCUAAAUAAUCUGAUCGAGAGUUUCCAGCUGUCCGAGCGACUGCCGGAAAUGCUGAACAAAGACAACCUCGACAGCAGCAUCAAAACACUCAUAGAGAUCCUCAAUAUCUUGCACAAUACGCGACAAGAGAAUUUCCCGCAGCCGCAAGGGCCUCCUUUAUCACCGCCGCCGUCACCGCCCAGAUUGAUCGGCUACGAUGUUUACAAGCCAAAAAUAUAUACGCGGCCAAAAGUGGUCACCGAGACGAGAUUUCAAGUGACCCCGAGCCCUCUAAUAAUCACCGACGAUCCUGAACGAUACAAGGCGACGGACGGUGACAUACCUAUCAAAUCGUCGUUGCAGUCGGAUUACAACCUGAACCACGUAAAAGACGAAAAAGUAGAAUACUACAUUCCUUACGUUCAGGACAUCUCCAACGAGCCUAAACAAGGACUUAGGCCGACCUCAACGCCUAAUGCUCCUACCACUGACCACUCGUACGAAAUCACGGAAGACCUGAGCGACGAUAUCCUGCAAGACGAACGGUACACCCUACCGAUUUCUACCGAGGCCUCCACGAGUCAACAGUACGUAGCGCAGAACGAAGUUACGCGCCCCGGACCAAAAAUGCCGUUGCCGGCAUUAAAGUACGGCGCGACACGUGGAAAACCCAACGUCGAUUACCCGGCGUAUGCAACUAUACCGGAAACCAAAUUCAAUUGCAAAGAUCAAAGGUACAAGGGAUUCUUCGGUGACCCAGCGACUGGAUGCCAAGUAUGGCAUUACUGCGAUCUCAAUGGCGGCAAGUCGUCAUUCUUAUGUCCAAAUGGGACGAUAUUCAGCCAGGUAGCGUUGACCUGCGACUGGUGGUUCAACGUAAAGUGCGAAACGACUACUCAACUAUAUGUGUUAAAUGAACGACUGUAUAAAUACAUUUUGCCAAUUAUGCCCAAAUUCCCCGAAGAUUUUACCGGUCCGGAAGUGGAUCGAUACUUGGAACUCAAGUUCAAAGAGAUGGAGGCAAAAAUGAAGGAAAAGAAGCUCAAGAAACAGCAAGAAGAGAAGAGCAAACACAAGGGCAAGUCACAAACGGCGGACGACGAAGAAUAGACGAAACGUAAUUAGAACGUUACGUGUUAAAUAACUUAGUCUUAAUACCUGACUCGUUGCCAUUAUAAUAAAAAGCAAAAAUAUAUCGCGGGUUCUAAGGCCACAACUCUGUAGUAACGAGCCUUGCAAUCCCGAAAAAGUGCAAUAUGUAUAUGACAGAAUUAUAUGUGAUUUAAGUAUAGAGUAAAUCACAUCGCGCGUAAAAUAAGUUAGAUUAUUUCACGGUCUCUGUACGGGUAUGAAAUGGCUGAUGAUAUUAAGUAUUUCUUAUAUUCUCUCUAGUCAUAUAUAUGCGUACUAUUGUGUACUAUUUAUCAUGAAAAAUGACCGCCUAUAUCUUAUGCAGGAUUUCUUUCGGUCUACAGAUCUACAUUAGACAAAUGGUCUAAUUGAGUCAUAAAUAAAUAUCCAUCGUAAUAAGUCAUAGCUUUCAAACCAGAUAAUAAAUAAUCAUGUUUUCCGCAAACAGUAUAAUAAUACUAUAAAUAAAUAUCUAAAUAACGCUCUCUU